CGCGGGACGCGGCCUGCGGGUGGGUGGGCCAGAUAGAGGUGUGGAAACAAUCCCAACAGUCGGUGGAUGGUGGGAAGUAGGUUUCAGUGCAGGACAGUCCUUGACUUGUGGAGUCAGCAGCUGCACUGGUGCGAGAAUUCCGGUUCCAUUUUACUGGCACCUGGACAGGGCGGUGUGGAUAGGAAAGGGUCAAACGCAGAUUGUGGGAGUGGAAAGGUUCCACACAUACCUGGGACUCGUUCCAAUGCCUGUGUUCGCACAGAGUAACAAAGACAUGAAAGGGAUUCUCAAAGUUGAUCAGGGAGCACGACAUCCCAUCCACAAGCAUCUGAGGUCAACAUGAAGCAUCCCUGCUUACUGACUGGAGCAGCAAAUCAAUAGGCUGUUGAUGGCCAUGUUAUCGCUUUAUACAACCCCAACUAAAACUUCGCAUUUUGAGGAAGCAAAACCAACUCAUCUUGAAGAGAGCAUCUCUGUUUUACGGAAGUCAGCAGAACCGUAUAUCACUCAGUAUCAGGGUGUUUACAAGGAUCUUAAGCCUAAAAUAGAAAAAACUGUUCAGCUUGGAAAAGAUGGCUAUACCUUUCUGAAUAAUCCUCCACCUGGAUUCUACCCACGGACUGGAGUCAUUGCACUUGCUGGUGUGGCUGGCCUUCUGCUUGCUGGAAGGGGUUCCCGUGUAAGGAAAGUGUUUUACUCAUGUGGGUUUGUAACUGCUUGUGCCUCUCUGUAUUAUCCUCAACAAACUGUUGAAAUUGCAAAGGCUACUGGUUCAUCACUUUAUGAAUUGUCCAUGCAAACAUAUUUAACAAUUGAAUCUCUGUGGAAGAAAUUCAGAGAUCAGAAGCCAGGAGCUUCCCCAAUACCAGGGAAUAGUCAGGUUACCAAGGUUCAAAUAUCAGAUGCAAAAAGUUCCUCUUAAAAGUACAGAUGUUGCCUGACCCACUGAGUUCCUCCCGCAGAUUGUUUAUGGCUCCAAAUUCCACUAUCUACAUCCCUUGUGUUAAGAGCACCCCAGAGCUUCAGGCAAUGCCAGCCAGAGGAGACAGACACCUCCACCACAGUGUGGUUGACAGAAGUCCAACUCUCGCCUCUCCUGCCUUACGAGCAGAAUUCUUCAACAUAAUUUCUCCCUAAUACUGAUGGCCCUACAACCUCCAGCAAGUACUCUGUGGCAGACAAGUGUCAAGUGAAACUCGGCUUUCCAAUGUCACCUGAAUCCUCCUCACCCUGGCACCUAACCAGGAAAGAACUGUCUGAUACUUUCGUAAAGAUACUGACCCCAAAUUAUUUUCUGAUAGGUGGACUAAUUUAAAAGGUUUAUUUCAAGGAACAAAGCUAUGAGUGAAGUAGUAUUUCUUGUGAAGCAAGAUAAGCCUGAAUGAUUGUUGUUCAAUUAAUCACACUUUAUUGAUGAGUUAAAUAAUCAGAAAUUUAUUUUUGCUUGGAAAUCUGUAUAUUCAAUAUAAUCUAAUAAAACACAAUUAAAGAGCGA